UGUGAAGUGUGUGAGUGACGAGUGUGGGCCCUCGUCAAGCAGCGAUGCAACGUUGAACGUCAAUAACUAUAUUAACAAUCAACAUACCAUGGCAGCUGGUGUUUUCUCCUUCUCAAUCACACUACGCUUGCUCUAUAGUUUCUCCGUCGAAUUCUAUUCUGGGUUGUUUCAGCUCAAUCUUUCAAAAGUCGACUGCGAUUUUUUGAAAAAUGGCUGUGGUUGCUUCUGCUCCAGGGAAGGUUCUGAUGACUGGUGGUUAUCUGUGGGAUCUGAUAGUUUGGCAGAGGAAUGGAUGGAAGUGAAGGUAAACUCUCCUCAGAUGUCAAGAGAAACUACAUACAAAAUGUCACUAAAAGAUUUUACACUUCAAUGUUCAAGUGAAUCAAGGAACCCCUUUGUUGAGUAUGCAGUCCAAUAUUCCAUAGCAGCAGCAUAUGCCACACUGGACAAGAAUAAGAGGAAUGAUUUGCACAAAUUACUGUCACAAGGCAUGGAUAUUACAAUCUUGGGUUGCAAUGACUUCUAUUCAUAUCGGAAUCAGAUUGAAGCACGUGGGCUCCCUUUAGUCCCGGAAUCAUUGGCUUCUCUUCCACCAUUCACAUCAAUUACUUUUAAUGCUGAAGAAUCAAAUGGAGAAAAAAACAUCAAGCCUGAAGUUGCAAAAACUGGGUUAGGAUCAUCUGCAGCCAUGACAACUGCUGUAGUAGCUGCUUUACUACAUUACCUUGGAGUUGUUGAUCUUGUAAGCUCCAGUAAAGAUCAAAAAAAUGACUUCACUUCAAAUUUGGAUACUGUGCAUAUGAUAGCUCAAACUGCUCACUGCAUUGCUCAAGGGAAAGUUGGCAGUGGGUUUGAUGUUAGUUCUGCUGUUUAUGGAAGUCAUCGUUACGUCCGAUUUUCACCAAAAAUCAUUUCUUCAGCUCAGGAAGCUGUGUCUAGCACACCAUUAGAUGAAGUAAUUGGUGAAGUGUUGAAGGGAAAGUGGGAUCAUGAAAGGACUAAAUUCUCCUUGCCACCAUUAAUGAAUCUGGUAUUGGGAGAACCCGGGAGUGGAGGAUCAUCAACACCAUCUAUGGUUGGUGCUGUAAAGAAAUGGCAAAAAUCUGACCCACAAAAGUCAACAGAAACAUGGAACAAGUUGUCAGAAGCAAAUUCUGAACUUGAACAACAGCUUAAUUUGUUAAGCAAAUUGGCUGCAGAAAACUGGGAUUCAUACAAAACUGUUGUUGAAAGCUGCAGCAUGCUUAAAUUAGAGAAGUGGGAGGGGCAAUUUAAUAAAACAAGUGAUGUAGAAAUAGUUAAAGCACUAUUGGGAGCAAGAGAUGCCAUGCAAAAGAUCCGCUCCCUCAUGCGACAGAUGGGUGAGGCUGCAGGCAUCCCGAUCGAACCUGAAUCUCAGACUAGACUCCUGGAUGUGACCAUGGACACAGAAGGUGUGUUGUUGGGUGGAGUUCCAGGGGCAGGUGGAUUUGAUGCUGUUUUUGCUAUCACUUUAAGUGACUCAAGUACUAAUUUAACCAAAAUAUGGAGUUCACACAACGUAUUGGCAUUGUUAGUUAGGGAAGAUCCUCGUGGGGUUUCUUUAGAAAGUGAUGAUCCUCGGGCUAAAUAAUCAUCUCAAGUUAUAAUUAAGGCCUUUUUUUUACAAGUAAUUGUUGAUGGUUUUUCAUGUUCAUUGUAUCAAUAACUCUUUGCACUUGUCACCUCUAAUAAGCAUGAGGUUUCUAAAAUGUUUCUUGUU